AGACAGGCGUGACAUCGUGCCUGACGUUCUGAGGGGAAUACGGACCAACCAGAAACGAGGGAGGCGGGAUCUUGGGCCAUGCAGCCAAUCACUGCGCAGAACUUACUGAACUUGUCCGGGCAUGCAACAUCGAAGCCGGUAGAGAAACACGUGGAGCUAUAGAGGCUGACUUGUCACAGUAGGGAAAGGCUCCUGCAGGCACAGAAGUCUUGAAAUUCCCAAUUAAAUAUGGUUUCGCUGGAGGUGGAAGAUUUGGCAGCUAGCAAUUUUUCCUGUAUCUUCAGUGGAUCUAGUGAAGUCCUCCGCUCCAAUAAUGCUGAGAUCCUUACAAAGUCUCAAACUGUUGGAAAAGCAAGAAAUCGUAGGAAGACACGAAAGCUCCAACGCUACUUAAAGUGUAAAGCUUUUCUGCAACAGAGGAAAAUGCGAAGUACAAUUGAAGUUGGAACACAAGAGGCACUAGAAGGAAAAACCAAAUGUUCAGUCAUGAAUGGAAAUGACCAAAGUUUCUGUGAGCAAACUGCAGACAUGGAGAUGGGUGGCCAGAUAAAAACUCUGCUGGGUGCUUUGCCAGUGGUGCCCAACUGUUCCAUUGUUUCCCAUAAUCCAUCCACAUUCGAUGAUGAUAGUGGCUUCUCUGUAGCAGGCAGCUGUAGCUCCAGCAGAGCAUCCUCGCCCCUUGCUUGGUUAAAGCCCGGGAAGUGUGUUGCCAUCGACUGUGAAAUGGUUGGGACUGGUCCUGGGGGAAGGAUUGGUGAGGUGGCACGGUGCAGCAUAGUAAAUUACAGAGGAGAUGUUGUGUACGACAAGUACAUUAACCCUGAGCUACCCAUCAAAAACUACAGGACGAGAUGGAGCGGGAUCACGAAGCAGAACUUAAAAAAUGCAAUUCCCUUUAAAACUGCCCAGAAAGAGAUUCUGAAGAUACUUAAGGACAAGCGAGUGGUUGGACAUGCACUGCAUAACGACUUUAAGGCUCUGAAAUACUUUCAUCCCAGCUCCCAGACUCGAGACACGAGCAAAAUCCCUUUACUUAAAGAAAUUGCGGGACUUCCAUCAAAUAACGGUGCCUCUUUAAAAACCCUUGCCUUUAAUUUGUUGGGCAAACGUAUACAGGUUGGCAGCAAUGGCCAUUGUUCUGUAGAAGAUGCCCAGGCCUGCUUGGAGCUGUACAAAUUAGUAGAGGAUCAAUGGGAGGAGACGCUUCGCUGUUGCUCCGAAAUCAGCACUUCCACUAGUCCAGAAACAAGCGAGGUCUCGGACAAUGAACAUUACAUGGACGAUCAGUACUGGCCAGCAGACUUAAACGAUGACUCUAAAUGAAGAACCACUUCAACAUGAAUAGACUGUUUUACCAAUGUGCAAUAAACCUAUUUAUUGUGGAUCUGAGAUACAGUACAGAGAUGGGAUCUAUUUUAUAUAAACCUGGUAUCCAGAAAAAGCUCAGAAAUACAGCAAUGCCAUUUCUCAUUGCAAUUAUACAGUUUGAUAUAUACUAAUAUAUCUAUAUAUAUUAAUAUAUCUAUAUGUAAUUAUUGAGGUAUAUGCUCUGUUAUAGAAGCAUCACUUGUCUUGAAUACCACAGGACCCAAGCAUUACGAAUAAUAGGUCCCGUACCUGUAGUACGGUAAUUACGGUUUACAUUCAGCUGAACUGUAUUCUAGUCAUGUUAACUUGCAAUGAUUUUAAGAAUAAAUCUGUUGGAGCACUUCUUUUUCUGUACCACUCGAAAUAUGGAAGUAUUUAUAUAGUUGCUCCUUUCCCUUUAUAAAGUCCUGACUUUGUAUGCAAUCUGAGCAAUGCAUCUUGUUUUAAAGUUCCUGCCGUCAGUUUACUAAAAUUAUAAUGUUAUAUGAUCA